AUGAUGACCGGCGACACUAGGGCUGGGCCGCCAGAGGCGCCGGUCGCGCUGGUGACGCCAACCGCGAUGAGGCCGCUGGCGGCGCCAGCACCCUCGCCAGCUGGCGGCGCGGCCGAGGCCGAACCGUCGGCGAGGGCAGCCGAGUCACAGGAGCUCUUCGACUGCGACGCGGACUGGGACGGCACCGAGAGAGGCGCCCGCAGGAGCUGGGCGCCCGACAAGCUGGCCUUCUGCUGCGAGCACCGCCGGCGCGGCUGCGCGCCCCAGAGUGCGGCAGCCCCGGACCCUCACACGGGCGACCUCGCUUCAGAGCGGCAGCAUCGCCACGCCGGGGCAGUGGCAGCGCCGCUACGCCAGCAGGACGACGACGUCGCCGCAUCGCACAGCGCACGUGGAACAGCAGCGCUGCCACGCCAGCAGGACGCCGCCGCAGCGCGCGGCGCCAGCAACCGCAGCGCCUAGCCAGCGCGCUGGGGGCGGCUGCUGCGCUGCAGAAGCCAGAUAGGCGUCGCGCGCUCACGGUUCCGCCGGAGCUUUCGCAGGGGGCUCGGCCUCAAAGUCAGGUCUUUGCCGACGCGAGCCCGGCGCAGAGCGCAGAGCAGAAGAAGCAGCUUCUGGCUCGCGGCCUCGUCUCGAGCAUUGCUGCUGGCGCUGCUCGAAGAACAAACAACAGCACACGUAAACUUUUGAAGGUCCGCGCGGCUUUUUUUGAUCGGCGCUGGACCCCUCUGGCGGCGCCUCCAGCGCCGCCCCUGGCGCGCUCCGCGCGUGGCGGAGGGGGGUACAGCCCAAAUCCAAAAAGUCGGCGCGGCCCUCCGAAACUUCAUGCCCGUGCAGUUCUUUCUUCUUCCGUUUUUCUUUGCGGCUCUGCCCACAGCGGCCGUCGUUCCCGACCAAGUCGACCGGACGCCCAGGCAGCGCUGCGGAGUCUCGCCUCGCGUCCCCCUGGUCCUCUGGGCUGAGGGCGUGUUGCCUCCAGUUUGAAUUCGAUCCCCAUUGCUUACGUUUUAGGAGCUUGCAAGCAUAAACUGUCUAACUUGGGGCGACAGUAGCGCCGCAUUUCGUUUUUCUCAGCUGUCACGUCAAUUCUUGGAGGCUCGUCCCAUCAGUGUCCAUGAAAUGGUGGGCUCGGAUACACUUGAAUUCCAGUAUUAUGGUGUCGCAGGUCAGGUAGAGUGAGCGAGUGCAGCGCGGGAGAA